AUGAUUUCCGUGAAUUCCACAUCAAUCAAUCCCACGCACGUGACGGGGUUACUCCAUACCUUGUCCUCAGCCAGUAGUAUCUUGGCUACUGCUCACAAGAAUGGGCCGGUUUACACAUAUUCGCAAUACUUGAGAGGUGCCUCCGCGUCUCUUAACGCCAUCAGUGCUGAGAGCGUUUUGGCUACAGCUACUGCAAGUAGCGCCAAAGCUUCUGCGUCAGCUGCUUUGCGUAGCGCCGCAUUGGACUUGGCAGGGUUGGAAUGGGAGCAGAACCAGUACACAGAGUGGUUGACUCUUUGGCCCGAACGCGUUGUUUACUGGCGUUUUUGGUUUCCUUCUCGUCUUCCAUUUUGGUUUGACUAUCUUUUCACGAUACUGGUACUUUGGUACUACAUUUGUCAUUGGCACUGGAUUAUGUUUUGGUGGUUACUUGGCGCGUUCUCUUUCCGUCAACCACGAGAGCGAGCAGAACCCUUUCCUCGUUCAAAUUAUUGUUCUUACUAUAGCGCCCGCAUUUCUAAUGGCUGGAGUUUACUAUAUAUUAGGAAAAAUGUUGGUACUACAUGGGCCAGGUUAUUCAACUCUUCGCCCCAAAUGGUUUUCCUACAUUUUCGUUUCAUGUGA